AUGAGAAUCCCAAUUGCGUUAGCCGCUCAACUCCAAUCUUCCCUCGCUUCUUCUUCUUCAGGUAGUGUAACAGGAGAGUCCUUGAGUAUCUCCGGACCAUCAAUCCUCCGAUCCUGUAUCCCAUCGACAUUCCAUUGGACCCCCACAUCUGGACCUUACACCCUCUCUCUGAUCGACCACACAACCUCCGAAGAUAUAGAAGACAUGGUCCUAGUGACGGAAACAAAGGCAACUUGGAUGGUGGAUAUCUCACCAGGAAGCAACAUAACACUCUUGAUCACCGACUCGAAAGGCAAUUCGGCAGAAAGUCUUAAUUGGGUGGUAGAGGAGGGUACGACCGGUUGUUUAGGUGAUUUGAAUUAA